AUGGCGAAGACCUUCAGCAAGGAGGAUGUUGCCUCCCACACCAAGGACAACACCCCAUGGAUCAUCAUUGACGAGGAUGUCUACGAUGUCUCCAAGUUCCAAGAUGAGCACCCUGGUGGAAAGAAGAUUCUCCAACGUGUCGCCGGAAAGGAUGCUUCCAAGCAGUUCUGGAAAUACCACAAUGAGGGAAUUCUGAAGAAGUACAAGGGCCAGCUGCUGCUUGGUUCGCUCGACACCAAGAAGGUCGCCGAGCCUGCACCGGCUCCUCCUACUCCUGCGCCAACCCCAGCUGCGACUCCCUCUCCGUCCGAGUCUUCUUCCGAAUCUUCCUCCGCCGGUCCUGCCAGGGCCGAGCCCCAAGAUCCUUACGGUGACCUGAUCCCGUUCGCCGAUCCUUCGUGGUACCAAGGUUACUCCUCCCCCUACUUCAACGAAACCCACGCUGCUCUCCGCGACGAAGUCCGCCAAUGGGUUGAGUCCGAGAUCGAGCCCUAUGUCCACGAGUGGGAUGAGGGUAAGGAAGUCCCCGCCCACAUUUACAAGCAGAUGGGUGAGCGCGGUUACCUGGCCGGUCUUCUUGGAGGCGAAUUUCCCGCCGAGCACACACCCCACCGCAUCAAGGCCGUCGCGCCAGAGCGCUACGACUUGUUCCACGAGAUGCUGCUGACCGACGAGCUGUCCCGCGCUGGCAGCGGUGGCUUGGUCUGGAACUUGGUCGGCGGCUACGGUAUCGGAUGCCCGCCUCUUGUCAAGUUCGGUAAGAAGGAGCUCGUAGACCGAAUCCUGCCUGGCAUUCUGGCCGGUGACAAGCGUAUUUGCUUGGCUAUCACUGAACCGGAUGGAGGUAGUGAUGUUGCUAGCCUUGGCUGUGAGGCUAAGCUGACCGAGGACGGCAAGCACUACAUCGUCAACGGUGAGAAGAAGUGGAUCACCAACGGUAUCUGGGCCGACUACUUCACCACUGCUGUGCGUACCGGUAAGCCCGGUAUGAACGGUCUGAGUGUUCUGCUCAUUGAGCGCGAGGCUGGUGGUGUUAGCACCCGCCGCAUGGACUGCCAGGGUGUCUUGAGCAGUGGCACCACCUACGUGACUUUCGAGGACGUCAAGGUUCCCGUCGAGAACCUGAUUGGCAAGGAGAACCAAGGUUUCAAGGGUGAGCGAUUUCCCUUCUUCCCCGACUAUCCUUACAUACAUGAACUCUUUACUAAUCUGCCUUCCUACACAGUCAUCAUGACAAACUUCAACCACGAGCGCAUCGGAAUCGUCAUCCAAUGCGUCCGCUUCUCCCGCGUCUGCUACGAAGAAUCCGUCAAAUACGCCCACAAGCGCAAAACCUUUGGCAAGCGUCUAAUCGACCACCCCGUCAUCCGCAUGAAGCUAGCCCACAUGGCCCGCCAAAUCGAAGCCACCUACAACUGGCUCGAGAACAUCAUCUUCCAAUGCCAGUGCAUGGAAGAGACCGAGGCGAUGCUCAAGCUCGGCGGUGCCAUCGCCGGUCUUAAGGCCCAGUCUACGCAGACCUUUGAGUUCUGUGCCCGUGAGGCGAGUCAGAUCUUCGGUGGUCUGAGUUAUAGCCGUGGUGGACAGGGUGGUAAGAUCGAGCGCCUUUACCGUGAUGUUCGUGCUUAUGCUAUCCCCGGUGGAAGUGAGGAAAUUAUGCUUGAUUUGAGUAUGCGUCAAAGUUUGAAGGUGCAUGAGAUGUUUGGUAUGAAGUUGUAG